AACAGAAGCUCAGCGCCAGAGAAUGCGAGAAUCUAGGUUUCACUGGCCUCGCACUUUGCUCCGAUUGCCACACCUUCGCCGAGUACAUCAAAGAUCAAGAGCUGGUAUCCGACUGCUUAAAAUGUUGUGCGGAGGAUUCUGAUGAUGCUACAAGCAAGGUCAUUUACUCUGGGGCAAUUUUAGAGGUUUGCAUGAGGAAACUGGUUUUCUAUCCCGAGUUGGUCGGCUUUAUUGAGGAAGAGAAGGAUAAAUUCCCUACAGUUAGAGUCCAAUAUGCCUAUAAUUCCCCACCAAAGUUGAUCAUGCUGGAUGAUGACGGACAACACAAGGAAACUAUCAGAGUCGAUAACUGGAAACGAGAACACAUACUACAGUUUCUGAAGGAGAAGGUUAAACCAUCAUCGGAAAUCUAA